AAAUUAACACUGGUGACGUUUAUUCAACAAAAAUAUUUGACUCAAAAGAGUCCAAUAAUGUGACGAUGGCCAAAGCAGCCAACCAAUAUUAUAUUUUGUGAGUAUAUAUAAAUGUCUAAAUAUAUCAAGCAGAACAAACUUAAUAGCAGAGGUUGAGAACAAAUACACAACAGAAAAGGAAACACUAUCAUAGAAAGAGAGUCAAAAAUGGCUGAGGGAAAAGGAAGGGUUUGUGUGACUGGAGGAACAGGUUUUCUUGGUUCAUGGAUCAUCAAGAGUCUUCUUGAAAAUGGAUACUCUGUUAAUACCACUAUUAGAGCUGAUCCAGGACGUAAGAGGGAUGUCAGCUUCCUAACAAAUCUACCCGGCGCAUCCGAAAGGCUACAUUUCUUCAAUGCCGAUCUAAGCGAUCCAGACAGUUUCACCGCAGCAGUCGAAGGUUGUGUCGGGAUAUUCCACACUGCUUCACCAAUCGAUUUCGCGGUGAGUGAGCCAGAAGAAAUAGUGACAAAAAGAACAGUGGAUGGAGCAUUAGGAAUUUUAAAAGCAUGUGUGAAUUCAAAGACAGUGAAGAGAUUUAUUUACACUUCAAGUGGUUCUGCUGUUUCAUUCAAUGGUAAAGACAAAGAUGUGUUGGAUGAAAGUGAUUGGAGUGAUGUUGAUUUGCUUAGAAGUGUUAAACCAUUUGGUUGGAAUUAUGGUGUUUCAAAAACUUUGGCUGAGAAAGCAGUGCUUGAAUUUGGUGAACAAAAUGGGAUUGAUGUUGUUACUUUGAUUCUUCCUUUUAUUGUUGGUGGUUUUGUUUGUCCUAAGCUUCCUGAUUCUGUUGAGAAAGCUCUUGUUUUGGUACUAGGCAAAAAGGAACAAAUUGGUAUUACACGUUUCCACAUGGUACAUGUGGAUGAUGUGGCUAGAGCACAUAUAUAUCUACUUGAGAAUUCUGUUCCAGGAGGAAGAUAUAAUUGUUCACCAUUCAUUGUAUCUAUUGAAGAAAUGUCUCAACUUCUUUCAGCCAAAUAUCCAGAAUAUCAAAUACUAACAGUAGAUGAGUUGAAGGAAAUUAAAGGUGCAAGGUUACCAGAUUUGAACACGAAGAAACUCGUGGACGCUGGUUUUGAGUUUAAGUACAGUGUUGAUGAUAUGUUCGACGAUGCUAUUCAAUGUUGCAAGGAAAAAGGCUAUCUCUAAGCUUGUGUUUGAAAAUUCCAUGAAGUUGAGAAAUCAGAAAACAAUAAUGUGCCUAAGAUCAAUAAUGGCUAAUGAGAUGUACAAGUUUAUGCAUUAAGUUUUUUGUGAUGAUUCAAAUAAUGAAAUAAGCGGUUCAUUUUUCUGAA